AUGGUCGAUGAUUGUCGUUCACCAAUUAAGUCAACUUUCAAUAGAUAUUUAAGCGUAGCUGGAUUCGAUAGAGCUAGUGCACUACUGAAUGCAUGUAUUGGCACUGAAUCUCCACUCACCUCCCUUCUAACAUGUCCAAUGACUAGAAAAUUUGUGUCCAUACGUCAAGAUCCCGACUAUAUCAAUUUCCGUAUUGUUUCCGAACGAACUGUCGGUCAGCUGAAAUCAACUGAUGUGAAAGUUGCACGCCCAUGA